CCUAAUUAACUCAUUAAUUACCUCAUUUCUUCUGUUCAAACUCUCCAUUGUAUUCUCCGUAAUCCAUUUUUUUUUCCAAAUUUCCAUCAUUGGGCGUUAGGGUUUUUGGGAAUUCGGAGAUGUCUCUGAACAGCAGCAGCGAUAGUAGCCGGAGUACCGGGCCGGACUUUCAUCUUUCCGAUGAAAUACUCUCGGUCAUUCCGACGGACCCUUACGACCAGUUGGAUCUUGCUAGGAAGAUUACUUCCAUGGCUAUAGCCUCUCGUGUUACCAAACUUGAGUCAGAGACGGGGAGACUUCGUCAGAAGCUUAGCGACAAGGAUCGGGUCAUUGUGGAGCUCCAGGACAAGGUCUCUCAGCUCGAGAAGGCUUGUCAUGAAAAUGAAUUGCGGUUGCAAUUUACUUGUGAAGAUAAUAUGAAGCUAACGAAGGAGAGGGAUUCAUUGGCUAUGACAGUAAAGAAAAUGGGUCGAGAUUUAGCAAAGUUGGAGACUUUUAAAAGGCAAUUGGUGCAGUCUCUUAGUGAUGAUAAUUCAGCGCAAGCUGAAACUGUUGAUAUUGGCACUUACGACCAAUCUACCCAUAAGGCCUAUUCCGUAAAGGAGGAGGUGAACAGCUAUGCAGUACACCAUUCUUUCAGUGGUUCUAUGGACAGCACAGUAAUUAAUGAUGAUGCCUCAAAGCGAGCUUUGCAAAGAUAUUCCAUGUCACCUUACAUAACACCGCGUCUUACUCCAACUGGGACUCCCAAAAUAAUCUCCACUAGUGUAUCUCCUAGAAGAUAUUCUGUUGCUGGAUCUCCUCAGAGGAUGUCUGGCGCCAACUCUCCAACAAACUCUCAAUACGAGGGACGAGGUUCGAUGUCAUCUUUUUUCCCAUCAAGUCAACAGUCAUCAGCAGCUAACUCCCCUCCUAAGUCACGCCCAUUGCCAGGUCAAACUCCUCGAAUUGAUGGGAAGGAGUUCUUCCGACAAGCUAGGAGUCGUCUAUCCUAUGAGCAGUUCAGUGCCUUUCUGACUAACAUUAAGGAAUUAAAUGCACAAAAGCAGUCUCGUGAGGAUACUUUGAAAAAAUCAGAAGAGAUUUUCGGAACGGAGAACAAUGAUCUUUAUCUGUCAUUCCAAGGUUUGCUUAACCGUAGUGCUCGGUGAAAGAAAUAGAGUAAACACAGAGUUGUGGUUCAUCUUUGGUACAAACACUUCAAAAACAGAACCAGCACUAAGAGAUCCUCCUCACCGCAGAAAUGUGCUUAGGGAACGCAGAGUAUGCUCUAGCUGAUGAACGAUUGAUGUCAAGUUACAUUCACUUUUUCAUGGACGCAUUCUUUAUAUUAUUGCUCUCUUUUUCGUUCUAUUUCAUCGUACUACAUCUGAAAGCAGUGGGAUUAGCAGAUAACCACAAAUUGAAUGAAUUUCCGAGUAGAUUUCCUUCUUUUUCCGCCAACAGGUUCUCUCUCUCACUCUCAUGCGCGCCUACACACACCCUUUAACAUGUUUGUAACUCAUUUACAGUGAAAUGAAUAUCAGCAGUAUUGUCAAUGUGUUGUUUGCUUCAGAAAUGAAACAAAAGUAUUGUUGUCAA